AUGCUACUUCCAGUCGACUCCUCCUUGAACGAACCCAUGUUCACCAUUGGCGCCUCAACUCUCUCUCCACCACCACCGAUCUCCCUGCAUCACUCCACCGACCACAACGUCGACCGUCACCGACCAGAACGUCGGACUUCAGGCUGCGCUUCCUCUCGGCUGUCGGACAUGGGGCAUCCGAAGGCUGCUUCAUUGAGAAAAAUUCCAUUGCCUUUUCCAGAUCUUUUUGCACAUCUUUUUGAUGGUAAUAGUGCCACUGGUAAUUUUAGGAGCUACUCAACCCAGUCAUCAUCAGUAGCUGGAGCAUCCUCUUGUCGUGUUCCACCACUUCAGAUUACCGCCACCCCUUUUCAUGCAAUAGAUGAUGAUGGUGAUGACACUUCCCAUUGUGGGCCACUACCUUUUUCUGCUUCACCUUCAGCUGCUUCACCUUCUGCUGCUUCACCUUAUACUACUUCACCAUCUAGUAACCCCAACAAAAGGGCUAAACCCUCAACUCCUAUACCUCCUAGUGCCUCACCGUCUGCUUCUUCACCUGAUGGAACUUCUAUUACUGCUGACGAUUUAGCAUUUGAAAUGAAAAAAGCUCUACAAAGUUUGACUAAAAGGUAUACAAUUCCUCAAUGUUUAGAGAAGUUAGAGGUGCUUCAAUUAGGCCCUACAGAUCCUUUACACUUUGUUGCAUAUCAUAUUUUUGCAGGGACCAUGAACAUGAGAGAGAUGUGGAUGCAUUUGCCUGAUAUUCCCGAGAUAUUACGAGGAUGGCUUGAGAUGACGGGUACAAGUUUAAGAGUCUUGAAGGAUGGGAAGAUUGUCGGAUGAUUUUUCUAGUGUUGAAACUAUUUGUUAGGUCUUAUUUGCUUUUGUUGGAACUAUUUUUUGUUAUUUUGCUACUUGGAAUAUGGUUUAUCUAAUGUUUUGAUGGUACUUGUAAUAUGGUUUAUGUAAUUUUUAUUUGCUACUUGAAAUAUAGUUUAUGUAAAUUUUUUUUGCUACUUGAAAUAGGGUUUUUGUAAUGUUUAUUUGCUACUUGAAAUAUGAUUAAUGUAAUGUUUUUUUAAGUUCUACUUUGUUUAUUUUAGGUUUAUAAUGGAUCACAAUCAAAAGUUACUUCUCGUCAUUCUUAUGUACCUGUACAUCCGUUAUUUUUGGAAGAGGGGUGUGAAACGAUUGAGGGAUAAUGAUUAGGAAAUGACGAGACAU